AUGAAUGGUAGUAAAAUUAUUUUGAAAGCAGCUACGAAGCUAUCGCUCGAUCAAAGAUUCGGUGAAAUUGCGAAACAAGCUCCUCCGACGCCUCGCAUUCCUCAACAAACAAAUGUUAUAAUUCCGCAAUCUCGCCGGGAAUUAUUUGCAAACAAACGAUCAGCAACACUGAACAUUGCCACUCGUCUUAAAAAGAGGAGUAUCAACUAUCGACGUGGUCUUGAUAAUAAUGCAAUUACAAAUCGGGCAUUUAACCCUCCUCGUGCACCACGUGUAUUUCAACGUCUCAGCGGUGGUAAUCGAAGACGUGGAGGUGGUGGUGGUGGUGUCAAUUCGUAUCUUUUCGGUGGACAAAGUGGAAUGGGUGUACGACUUGGUGGGCAAGGUCGAAUUGGAACACGUAUAUUUCGUUCGAAACGACGUGGCUUUCUAAACAACAACAUUGGUGGCCGUUUUGGUGGCUUUCAAAGACGUGGAAAUAAUAAUAAUCAAGGUCGACGUUUUGUCAACAGACCAAAUCGAGGUCGUGGCGGCAAUCGCGGCGGCGGUCGUGGCAAUAAGGCAUUUUCACGUGGUCGUGGCAAUGGUCGAAAUAACAAUCGAAAUAAUAAUAAUAAUAAUAAUAAUGCAAAUGUCUCAAAAGAAACACUCGAUAGCGACCUUGACAAAUACAUGGCCCAAACGAAACUUGAUACCGAUUCAGUUGAUAUGAACGCUUUAACUCAAUCAUCUGACCAACUGAUAGAUAGGAUCCAAAUGCGCAUGUAUCAACAUUGCGAAAACAAUGGGCAUAGAAUAAGUGAUGUUCUCUUUGUUGCAAAGAAAGAGCCAAAUUUUCGCCAUUGA